AUGAACAGAUUAAUAUUCUUCUGCGCAUUGUAUUGCUUUGCUCUGGUAGAUGCUCAGUCAUCUACAGGAAGUGAAUGCCCGUGUUCCCAAGAUGGCUCCUCUGCUCCAUCUGGGGAACUGUGCAUUUUCACAAACCAGUGUGGAGACAGCAGUGAUGAGAAGCAAGGUUCCUCUUGUGAAAAGUGUGAUUUUGAAACUGAUCUAUGCAAAGCUCUUCAUGAAUUGAAUUUACAGCCUGGAUGGAUAAGAAGAAAUGGUCGAUCUGGCAUGGGACCACCGUACUUCGACCACAAUGGGAAUAACAGUGCCUAUUUCCUCUCAUUGUCCUCUGAAAUGCGAUCCUCUUCUGCAACUUUAAGGACCAAUGUUUUCCUUCCAACUGACGAAGAACAUGUUUGCCAGAUUACAUUUCAUUAUUGGAUCAGUCAAAUGAGCGGAACAUUGAUGGUGGGGCUUCAAAAGCACUCUGAAGAUAGUGUUACAAACAUCUGGCAAGUUUCAGAAGAAUUGCAAAAUCAGUGGAAAACAAGUACCAUCACAAUCAAUAGCACUGAAAAGUAUGAGGUUAUUUUUUGGGGGAUGAUGGAGACCCAGAGACAAGAUGAAACUGUUGCCAUUGAUGAUAUUACUUUCAGUGAAGGAUGUUCUCUGGCAUGUGCACCGCAGACUUCCAGUUUUGAGCUUGAUAUUUGCGAGUGGCAUUCAGAUCAGCCAGCUGAGCCUGCUAUGUGGGCACGACUGCAAGCCUGGCACAAGGUUGCCUCCUGUUCCUUCCUGAAAGAUUGGAACAACAAUACUGAAGGCCAUUUUGAGUGGUUAGAAGCUAAUGACAACGUGUUAUAUAAAAGUGCUCACCUUAACAGCUCCAUGUGUCAUUGCUCCAGCAAGAAUUGCCGUUUUCAGUUUCAUUACUCCAUGGCAGAUAGCAGUGUUCUCAAGACAGUACUGUUUACUAAUCAGGAGGAACAUACCUUGUGGGAAACCAACAUCAUGACUAAGAAGGAAUGGGUCAAAGUGGAUAUACAGCUACCAACAGGGCUAGAAAAAUUAAAGCUUAUGUUUAAAGGAACACUCCAGAGCAGGGCAGGUUUCAUCUGUCUGAAUAGCAUCCAGCUCUUGGACACUACACCAUUAGAGCAACGGGGUUUCUGCUCCUUAGAAGAAUUCACCUGCACUGAUGGGCAGUCCAUGGAGCCUGGAUCAGCCUGUGACUCUCACCCAGAUUGUUCUGACGGCAGUGAUGAGGAUCCAGCGGCCUGCUCUAAUUACACUAUAUGUAAUUUUGAGACUGACCUCUGUGGAUGGAAGCCACUAAGCAUAGAUGAUGCUGAGUGGAACAUAAUGAAAGAACAGGCUCCCCUUGACAGGAGACUCCCUGGCAGAGGCCAUACGACUGAUACCGGACAUGUAGCAUUCAUUUACUUCAAUGGAUCACAUCAGAUGAACACAAAGAUGGCCAGAUCUCAUCUGGGGAGCCCUUUCCUUGUCAAGCUGUCCCCUGGGCUUUCCUGCUGUCAGGUAAGAUUUUGGUACUGGUUAUCUCAGGAUUCCCAGCUUUCUGUCUUUAAGAGAACUGCAUUGGAUGGAAGUUUGGAAAAAUUGCUUGACAUUUCAAGAUUGCCUGAGAUGCAGUGGACAAAAGUGAAUAUACCUGUAGAAAGUGCAGCUGAGGACUUACCUUUUCAGAUUAUUUUACGAGCUACUAUUCUAACAACAAAUGCUAUUGUUGCUGUUGAUGACAUCAGUAUAACAAAGGAAUGUGGGGUUGUGAAUAAAUCACUUCCAGGCGUCAGCCAAGAAAGUGAAGCUGCUGUAUGUGACUUUGAAAGAGAGAGCUGUGGUUGGAUUGAAACUGCAAAUGCAGAUGAAUUUGACUGGGUAAGAAGUUCCAGUAGUGCUCUUGCACCUGCUUUUCAGAAGCAAGCUCCUCUGCAGGAUCACACCUGCAACAAAUCUGAAGGUCAUUUUAUGUUCAUUCUGAAAAACAGCAGCAGCACUUCACAAGUAGCUCGGCUACGAAGUCCAAAGUUCAGACAAACUGGAUCAAAUUGCACAUUGUCCUUUUGGUAUUACAAUUAUGGACAGUCAGUUGGGGCAGCAGAGAUGCAAUUGCUUAUGGAUGGGCUGAAACAGCCUACUGUCCUUUGGAGGGCAUAUUACAACGAGGGAAAUCAAUGGUUGAAGGCAGUCAUUCAGCUUGGACGCCUUCCACAUCCUUUCCAAUUAUCACUUGAUAAAAUCAGUCUGAAUUUUUAUGACGGCAUCUCAGCAAUUGAUGAUAUUACAUUUGAAAAUUGUGCUCUUCCGCCUCCAGCAUUAAGUUGUGAAGGUCCUAAUCGUUUCUGGUGCAGAGACACAAAAGCAUGUAUUGACAGUUUAUUGGUCUGUGAUCUUGUGGAUAACUGUGGGGAUGGAUCAGAUGAAGACAACUGUAACCCUGACCUACAAUGUAACUUUGAAAAUGGCCUGUGCAAUUGGGAGCAGGAAGUUGAGGAUGACUUUGACUGGAUCAGAAUACAGGGUCCAACCCCCACGAUUAAUACAGGCCCAUUAAAGGAUCACACGACAGGCACGGCUGGGGGACACUACCUCUACAUGGAAUCCUCUGAGCCACGCCAAUUCCAAGACAAAGCAGUUUUGCUUAGUCCUCUCUUCAACCCUUCUGGCAACGGAACCUGCAUUUUCCGCUUUCAUUACCAUAUGUUUGGAAAGCAAGUUUACAAGCUGUCAGUCUUCCAGAGAACUGAGAGUAAUACCAAGGGAUGGCUGUUGUGGUACAAGUUUGGAAAUCAAGGGAACAGAUGGAUCAGACAAAUGCUUUACAUCAGCAUCUCUAAGCCAUUUCAG